UUCGUUAACAUCCUAGAUCUCCCCUUGCCUCGGUCACCAGCUUGCUCUUUCUUAAGAGCCCAAACAAAACAGGGCAACAAAAGAAAUCCGGAAGUUGCGUUCCCAAAAGGAAACUUUUAUAAGAUCAGUGUUAAGGUUUAGGAAAGAAAUCCGGCUUCCGAAUUCCGGCUCGGCUUUUUCUUCCUUAUGAAUGAAGCGGGCGACAUGAAGGGAAACGGUUCAGCUCAAUCCACCGAUCCAUGAAGCCGAAAUCACGGAAGGAAUUGUUUUCCUUGACUGUUAUAUUUUCCUGGAAGUAAGAUGGAAGAGGUUCUGGCUGAUCUGUGUGGGACUAGUUCCAUAGAUCCACUUCCUCUAUGGGUUCAUAGCAAUGUUGGACACUGUUUUAAUCAGCUGCUCUUAAAUGUGGCUCCUCAUGUCAUCCUUGCUGUAGUAAGUGCCUGCUACAUAGGAACACCAAGGACUUUUGGCUCACAAUGUGCAUACAGACCGGGAUGGAAAUGCAGAAUUGCUGCAUCUUUUAUCCUUGCUGGUUUGUCCAUCCUUGAUAUAAUCCCAGCAAUACUUUGGCCACAGAAAUUGGAUCCUUUCUGCCUGAAAGUUCUAACAAGUGGCACAGCUGCAUUGGCAUGGCUUACUCACAGCCUGGCACUUCUUGCUCUCUACAGAUCUCCGUGCAGUUUCAGCCGUGGUCCUGCAGUCCUACCGAUCCUUGCCUUCUUUCCAGUCCCAUCUCUUGUUAUCACAUUGGUAUGGCGCUGCCAGACGGAGUUGGGUGAGCAGCCCCUUCAACUUGCCACAGCCCUCAGGCUCACGGUUCUCUGCCUCCAGUUAGCUUUUCUACUUCUCUGUCUCAUUGGGUAUAUCAUCCCUGUAGGCAAUAGGCAAGACCUUUUCUCCAUCAAUGACCCCUCACAGCAUGAACCCUUGAUUACAGCUUCACAGUUCUCUGAAUCCACUUGGGCGGCAGUGGCAGAGGAUGGGGAGAGCUGGCUGUCACGUUUCUCAUAUGCUUGGAUGAACCCUCUUAUAAAGCGUGGCUACCAGUGGAAGCUGAAUAAGCCACAAGAUGUCUAUCAACUCCCUCAACGACUGCAGGCCAGCAAAGUCUGUGAACACUUUUACUCUUGUUGGCUGAAAAAGGCAGCUCUUGCUUCAGAAGACGAAAGGAGGUCUUCCACAAACCACUUCUUUGCCAAACUUGAUUUGAGACAUAAUGAACUUCCAGCAGGUUCUCAAAAUGCUCACAAACCUGUACAUCUCCUUUCAGUGCUGCAUGCAGCUUUUGGCCUACGUUAUUAUAGUCUCGGCUUUCUGAAAUUGGCCAGUGGUCUCUUGGGAUUUUCCGGGCCUCUGCUUUUAAAUCUGUUGGUCAGUUUUAUGGAGUCACAUCAAGAACCUCUUAGCCAUGGAGUGUUGUACGCACUGGGACUUUUUCCUAGUUCCUUCCUUGGUGCCAUUUUACGUAAUCAGUUUAAUUAUGAGAUAAACAAAAUUAUACUUACUGUACGUACUGCGGUUAUUUCAGCCAUCUACCAGAAAGCUCUCCGGGUAAAUGGAAGUAGCCUGGCUAGCUUCACCACAGGUGAAAUUGUCAACUUUAUGAGCACGGACACUGAUAGACUAGUCAACUUCUGCUUUAGUUUCCAUGAGCUGUGGAGUCUUCCUUUUCAGUUUGCUAUCACUCUCUACCUUUUAUAUCAGCAGGUAGGCAUAGCCUUCCUGGGUGGACUGGCUCUGGCUGUGCUACUUGUGCCCAUUAAUAAAGUUAUUGCUAACUGCAUCAUGAAGAAAAACAAGGAGAUGCUGAAGCACAAAGAUGUACGGGUCAAGCUCAUGACGGAGCUCUUGGGUGGCAUGCGAGUGAUCAAGUUCUAUGCCUGGGAACCACAUUUCGAUGCUAAAGUGAAGGCAUGCCGAGCCAAGGAACUGAAGAGCCUGCGAGCAAUUAAAUACCUUGAUGCUGUGUGUGUCUACCUCUGGGCUGCAUUGCCUGUAGUUGUCUCCAUUGUCAUUUUCAUUACCUAUGUUUUAUUAGGACACCAGCUGUCUGCCACCAAGGUUUUUACAGCUUUGGCCCUUGUCGGGAUGCUCAUUCUUCCCCUCAAUAAUUUCCCUUGGGUGCUGAAUGGGAUCUUGGAAGCCAAAGUAUCCCUAGAUCGAAUCCAGCACUUUCUAGAGCUCACAGACCAAGAUCUGCAUGCUUACUAUAGCAGAGUUUGUCCUUCAAAUCUAUCUUCUGCCUUGGAAAUGCACAAUUCUACCUUUUCAUGGUCCCCAGAAAGCAAAGAAACCUCUGAAUCUCAUGUACCAAGAGGAGGCCAACUUUUCAUACAGAAUCUGUUGGUGACAAAGGGUGCAUUAGUAGGGGUCAUUGGGAAGGUUGGAUGUGGGAAGAGCACACUGCUUGCAGCUAUCACUGGAGAACUUAGUAGUCAAGGUGAACAGGUCUAUGUUUGGGAUUUGGAAAAAGGAUUUGGGUUGGCUGCUCAAGAGCCCUGGAUCCAGUUCACCAGCAUCCGUGAAAACAUCCUCUUUGGGAAGGAAUACAACGCUCAAUUUUAUCAGCAAGUAAUAGAUGCCUGUGCUCUCUCUGAUGACUUGAAUAUUUUCCCAGCAGGUGAUCAGACAGAGGUGGGUGAGAAUGGAGUCACCCUCAGUGGGGGACAGAAAGCUCGUAUUGCACUUGCUAGAGCUGUUUACCAGGAGAAAGAAUUAUACCUUCUGGAUGAUCCACUAGCAGCUGUUGAUGCAGAUGUAGCUAAUCACCUUAUGCAGAAGUGUAUCCUAGGAAUUCUCAGACACAAAACUCGGAUUCUUUGCACCCACAGAAUUGAGGUUUUGGAAAAUGCUGACAUGAUAGUACUAAUGGAUAAUGGCAGAAUUCUCAGGGCAGGUACUCCAACAAUCAUUCUUCCAUUGGUAGAAGCUGUCCCUAAACUUGGAGCAAUGACCAAGAGAAGGAAGGACACAAACGCUGAAUGCAAUGAAGUGGAGGAAGUGGAGCAUGAGGAAGAAGAGCCAGCACAAUUAAACUGUUUUCCUAAGCAGGAGGAAGAGAAAAAAGAAGGGGCAGUGGCUUUCAAAGUCUACAGGGCAUACUGGCUGGCUGUUGGCAGCUGCCUAGCAUUGUCCAUACUCCUUUCACUGCUGCUCAUGCAGGCUUCUAGGAAUAUUUCCGAUUGGUGGCUCUCAAACUGGAUAUCCAGCCUACCUCAUACUGAAAAUAACUCCAUCAGCAGCUUGGCAGCCCUUCCUUCUUCAUCUCUGCUGCUCUUCUCCCAUGACGGACUCAUUUCUCCAGUCUUGAGCUCCAUCUCUUCAAAUAGCACUUUGAAUGUGAAUUUUUACCUGACUGUGUACGGCUGCAUUGCUGGGGUAAAUUCAGUCUUCACCAUCCUGCGGGCCUUUCUUUUUGCUUGUGGCACCAUUCACGCUGCGACUGUCAUUCACAACCGACUGCUUAGACGGGUGAUGAAGGCUACCAUGACCUUCUUUGAUACCACGCCAACAGGUCGUAUUCUUAAUCGCUUCUCUUCAGAUCUGUACUGUGUGGAUGAUAGUCUUCCUUUUCUUCUCAACAUCUUCUUAGCCAACAUCUUUGGACUGCUGGGCACGCUGGUGAUGAUAACCUAUGGAUUGCCUUGGAUUGGGCUAGUCUUACUGCCCUUGGUGGCCAUCUACUACUCCAUCCAGCUUUAUUAUCGACGUACCUCUCGUGAACUCAAGCGACUCUACAGUCUCACCUUGUCACCUAUUUAUACUCACUUUUCAGAGACUUUGACAGGCCUCAGCACUAUUCGGGCAACCAGGAUGACUGGGAGGUUUGAGACAGAAAAUCAAGAACGGGUAGAACUGAACCAGCGUUGCCGUUUUGCCAGCAAUACGGCAAUGCAAUGGCUAGAUAUUCGGCUGCAGAUGAUUGGAGUUGCUGUGGUUACUGCCAUUGCAGGAAUUGCCAUCAUCCAACACCAACGGAAACUGGGUGAUCCAGGUCUUGUGGGUUUGGCUCUUUCCUAUGCUCUAUCUGUUACAAACUUGCUGUCAGGACUCAUCACCAGCUUCACUCAGACAGAGACCAUGAUGGUGAGCGUGGAACGGACUGAAGAAUAUGCAACAGAAAUUCCCAUAGAACCUCAGGAGGAACUUCUUCCGGUUUCCCCAAACUGGCCAGUUAGAGGGCAUAUGGAAUUCCAACAAGUAAUAUUAGCCUAUCGGCCAGAAUUACCCAAUGCCCUGGAUGGUGUUACCUUCACUAUCUAUCCUGGGGAAAAGAUAGGGAUAGUUGGACGUACAGGGUCUGGCAAAUCCACUCUCUUCCUGGCCCUUUUCCGCAUGGUGGAACUGAGAGGUGGACACAUCCUCCUAGACAGUAUUGACCACUGCUCUGUAAGCUUGAAGGAGCUAAGGUCUAGAUUGGCUAUAAUUCCCCAGGACCCUUUUUUGUUCAGUGGGACACUCCGUGAGAAUCUAGAUCCCCAGCAGCAACACACGGAUGAUGACUUGCACCAAGUUUUGGAACAAUGCCACUUGCACACAUUAAUUACAGAGAUGGGUGGGCUGGAUUGUGAGCUGAGAGAGAGAGGAAAGAGUCUCUCAGUAGGACAGAGGCAGCUGGUUUGUUUAGCAAGAGCCCUCUUGACUCAGGCCAAGAUUUUGUGCAUUGAUGAAGCCACAGCAAGUAUUGAUCAGAAAACAGACAGACUCAUCCAGCAGACCAUUCGCCAGAGAUUUACAGAUAAAACUGUUUUAACUAUUGCCCACAGGUUGAACACUAUACUGGACUCAGAUCGAGUGUUGGUGAUGAAUGCUGGGCGGGUGGCAGAGCUCGAUUCGCCUGGUGUACUCAGCCAGAAAGAAGACUCUUUGUUCCAGCACCUUCUACAGUGUGGAUAGCAAUAACCUUCCUGUGGACAUUCUCAGACUUGAAUUGAUUGUACCUCAUGACUGCAAGCUUUCCCAUCUACAAUAGGGGCCUCAUCCACAGGUCAAUCUCACAUCCUUCAAAUCCACUCAUUGACUUUAGAGUUUCAAAAAUAACAGAGGGUAGAAAUUUUCUUAGUAGUCUGCAAAACUCCAUUUUCAUUUUGCUAAUUUCACUUCCACUUACUGAAAGUUAAGUCCCACUCAGCAAGAGGUGUUUUUUUUUAAAUUGAGUAUUAUCCAUCUAUCAUAAUGCAAUCAGCAAAAAUGAUUCAAAGCCGUUUAAAUUAAGAUUCUUAAUCCCAGGUACUGUAUGCUGCUCAAAUUAGGUCAGAUACACAACCUUUACAUCUUUUCUUCGGCUAUCCUGCAUUUCACUUCUCUGGGAAUAUAUAUAUACCUUUUCUUAUAAAUAAAAAUUAAACAAUUCUCAUUUUUUUUACUAGUAAAGCUUGUUUUUAUUUUUAAAUUUCACUAAUAGCACACAACGUAUGUUUGUACUAAGAUUCUCAAGACAUUCACAUAACAAAUAUGCUGCGAUUCAGACAAUCUCUAGAAGACAGAUUCUUUUUCCAGGAAUCCAGUGGGAUCAUCCAGAAGACGAUACUGGAAUGGGCACUGUAUAUUUGUCUUUUAAGAGAAAGGGGCUUUGGUCUCUGGAAAUACCCAUUGAGAUGCAGAUAAGAGUAAUUAGAAUCAAGCAUGUCACUGUUGCAGUCUGGUAAAAGUAGAAGAAAAGUAUUGGUAACCUAACUACAAAAUUAAAACUAGCUUCCUUUGUAUUAGUUUAUUUUUUUCUUUUCAACUAAAUGUGGAUUGAAUCUCCAUGUAAAUUUCAGGAACACCAAGAAAACCAUAACCUACCUUUGAUUAUUUUAGGUGUGCUCACAUUCAUCAGUGGAUAUUAUUUCCCAUCAGAUCUUUAAAGUUCAAAGGAAUGUAAUUAGACGACUGAAGUAGAUAGCCAUCAUUUAUAUAUUUAAGGCUUAGAUGUACAGCCAUCUGAAUCAGCUGAUAUUUAAUCUCAGGAAUCCAAAGACAAGAUAUAUGAGAUACAAAAUCUGUAAAUAAUUCUUUUCACAAUUCAUUUUCUGGCAACGCUAGCUCCUACAGAGUUUACCACAGCCAUGAUUCACAAACUAUGGUCCACAGAGAUCCACCAGAUAUUCUGUAGCUUUGGUAACCACAGCCAAUUACUACCUUAGCCUUCAGGAGACUCACUAGUAGAAGCUGGAAGACUUUGUCUUUGUCAGGAACAAUUAUUUGCUUUGACUUACAUUCCCAGCUUUGGAAAAAUUCAUCUCUGCCUUGACUCAUUUUUGCCUCUGCCUUGCCUUUGCAUCGUGGACUUGCCUGACCCUGUGGAAUUAGCUUUGCCCUUUGGACCUUGACUCUGGCCUUGCCCCUUCAGCUUGCCCCUUCUCUUUGGACUUCCUCUGCAAAUUGGUUUUGGUUUACUGGCUUGUGUUUCUGGGACUGAGAAUGGCUCCCGUCAGAGAAGUGUGGGGUGGAGCCUUACCAGCCACUGUAGGGCCGUUUGUUCUGACAGUUAACAGAGCAAUAAAGGACUCUAAUGAUGCCUGUCUCUGCCUAGCGAUCUGGGUCAUAACAAUGCUGCAUGACUUCCAUUUCCAUCCAAAGAUCCUUCUCUGUUGAGAAUGAUGGCACUUGAUCAGAUGUUGCUUGAGGCUUUCAGACUGGCUUACAGCAUGACCUGGUGGUGGUAUUUAUUUCAUUUCUUUCAUGUUAAAAAAGGAUCAAGAUUGUUUUUAGUAAUGCAGUGAGAUGUCCAAAUGUUAGUUGGAAACACAAUUUCUGUAUUUGUAUACUUCAAAGGUUCAGUCUGGCUUCUUUCAAUAAAAUACAUCCAUGUUUUAA